GACCUGGGUGACGCUCCAACUUGGGAGGGAUGGCAUGGCCCGCGUGGGCGUCGGCGUAUUCUGCCAUCUUGACUUGUCUGUUCCGUUGGGUACUUGGAGGACGAAGAGGUUGAUGUCGGAGGACAACAGUUUAACUCAAAAAGACAUUGACCGAGUCCUGAACAGCCGGGGCUCUAUAACCACAACAGGAACCCUCCGUCUUAUGCAUCAGACCAGGCAAGCUCGCAAACUGGGUAUGCAGGGAUUGGGUGCCAUCGUCGGGGCUUCUGUUAGAAAGACGCGAUUGAUGUGGCAUCGCCAUGUGCCGGAGCCGGGUGCAGGGUCCAGACGAACUCUUUUCCCUUUGCCCUCUCUUUUGGAACCAUCCCAGUCCCAUCUCAUAGGCUACCACCAAUUGUGCAAUAUCUCAGUGUUUGAAGCCAAUAUUGUCAGGCAGUUUGUAGAAAUCCCUGUUUGGGGGGGGAAGGCUUGGUUGGGUGGGCAGCUCUCUUCGGUGUUGCGAGAUCAACCGGGUUCAGCACGCCAUUCCGCUGCCGAAGCACGAAUGGCGCUGUGCUACUACGCACAUCCGUCUACCCCUUUCCACCACCUCGGGUACCUAAGUAGCGAAUAUCGAAGGGAAAAGAUGCGAAAGCUAGGAACAGAAUUGGGCGGGCAGGCCUUUCUGGGACUAUGCAGCCGUCUCGGCUGUCCCCAAGCAAAACGUGGGACGAACGCAUGUGGCUUCGAGUUGGCUCAAUGAUCUGUAUUAAAUCAUGGGCUCAGUAAGGUUAUAAUCGGGACGUUUCCACCAGUAAAGGUUUGAUGUCGACGCCCGGUUUAAAGGAUCCGGGUGGGAUACGGCGACAUCCGGAAGGCGACAAGGGCGAGACUCAGUUCAUUCU